UCUUGUCGUCGUAAGCGCGAACGCUCCUGCUGGCCUUGGGGGCGGGUCUGUAAAGGAAAGUGCCAAAGCCGUUGAGAUAAAGCAACUGAAGAACAGAAAGUUAAGUGAUUUGAACACAGUCAUGCAGCAAGUUUGAAGUAAGAAUUCUGUCGUGGAAAUGGCUGCCUCUUCAUCAUCAUCCUCAGCUGGUGGGGUCAGUGGAAGUUCUGUCACUGGAUCAGGUUUCAGUGUCUCAGACCUUGCCCCACCACGGAAAGCACUUUUCACCUACCCCAAAGGAGCUGGAGAGAUGUUAGAAGAUGGCUCUGAGAGAUUCCUCUGCGAAUCUGUUUUCAGCUAUCAAGUGGCAUCCACACUUAAACAGGUGAAACAUGAUCAACAAGUUGCUCGGAUGGAAAAACUAGCUGGUUUGGUAGAAGAGCUAGAGGCCGACGAAUGGCGGUUUAAGCCCAUCGAGCAGCUGCUGGGGUUCACACCCUCUUCAGGUUGAUGCUGUCUGGACGGUCACCUCUGGUGGCAAGUGCAGAGCCAAAAGAGACUUUCUCUCAGCUUACAUAGCCAUCCAGAGAUUCACAGUACAUCACUGAAUUGUUAAUCCACAUUUGUAUUUGGUUUCUCUGUAUCUGUCCACAGGUAAUGAAUAUUUAAACAUGUUAUCUUGCAGGGAAAAUUUUUGUUUCUUUGUUUUAAAAAGUGUUGGGAAGCAGAUUAAGACAAUCAAUUUCAGUUUAGGUUUAAGAGAUAUUUAUAAAAUUGUUACAUGCAGGUAGGGCACAUGCCAGAAUUGGCCAAGUGAAUGAUGUCUAUCCUGUCAUCCAUCCAGUGCCUGGGAAUCUUCACUAGUCAAGUCCAAGGUCAGGAUCUGUGGUUAUAAAAUACAUUUCAGGCCUGAAACAGUUCUUUUUGGAGAUGAAUGUGAUUUCAACUCAGGACCCAUCCAAAUGAGGAAUUUUAAAAGUGGGGUUUUUUUUCUAUUUUUAGACAUCUAAUUCUAUAGAUACUUUUUCUAACCUCUUAUAAACAUGCCAAAUGCUGGCAAAAAGAAUUGCUUUUGAAUGUUGCAGCACUUGUAAAAAUAACAAAAUAACUUUUAAACACAGAAAUCCUGAGUUCAUCUCAUUGGUGGGCUAAAGCAUUUCUAUAGCAAAUAAAUCCUUGAAAGAGCUCCA